GAAUUCUCGUCAUUUCUUCCAGUGUUGUUAUUAAUCUCUCGUUCUCAGUCCACUUUCUAAUCUCAAACCCAGAAUUCGCAGUUCCUAACAACUCCCUGUUGGAUGCUUGGUGAAAUCGUAUAAAACUCUGAUAAAGGGAGCAACUUUAUUUCAUUUAUGUUUACCACCAAUGGCAUCUCCUUCGCAGUCAACUAACUUCCCCACCAUCAUCUUCAUCUUGUUUUCAUUCGUUCUCAUCCCAACCAUAAAUGCCGUUCCUUUCAUCGUGUUGCACGGCAUUAGUGAUAAAUGUAGUGGCCAUGGAGUCACUCGAUUUACUAAGCUUCUAAGCAGCUGGUCUAAUUCUCAAGGAUACUGCGUGGAAAUUGGAGAUGGUUCAUGGGAUUCAUGGACUAUGCCCCUUUUGGAACAGACAUCAAUUGCUUGUGAAAAGGUGAAAAACAUGACUGAACUUAGCCAAGGUUACAACAUGGUUGGACUCUCUCAGGGUAGCCUGAUUGGUCGAGGCAUUAUUGAAUUUUGUGAUGGAGGACCUCCUGUCAAGAAUUUCAUAUCGUUGGCAGGGCCCCAUGCUGGUAUUGCUUCAAUUCCAUUUUGUGAAUCUACCGUGAUAUGCAUAUUUCUCGAUAGCUUAAUCAAGUCGGAAGUUUAUAGCAACUUCGUACAGGAACACUUGGCACCCAGUGGUUAUCUUAAAAUUCCAACAGACAUAACUGACUACCUCAAAGGAUGUAGAUUCCUCCCAAAACUAAACAAUGAAAUCAAGGGCGCGAGAAAUUCUACUUACAAGGAACGGUUUGCCAGUUUACAAAAUCUGGUGCUUAUAAUGUUUGAGGAUGAUACAGUAUUAGUACCCAAAGAAACAUCCUGGUUUGGUUAUUAUCCUGACGGGGCCUUUGAUCCUAUAUUGCCUGCGCAGGAGACCGAGCUUUACAAGGAAGAUUGGAUCGGUCUGAAAACCUUAGAUGAAGCUGGAAAAGUUAAGUUCGUAAAUGUUUCGGGGUCGCAUCUGAAAAUCUCGGAAAGCGACAUGAAGAAGUACAUUGUGCCAUACUUGGGGGACCAACCAUCUACAGAAUCUUCAUCUUAUGAAUGGCUUUGGAGACUCUGGUACUUAACUAAAGAUGUAAUUGGCCUGAAAGAAGAUCAACCUUUGAUGCACACCACGUAUUAAACCAAGUGCCUGUUGUAUAUUUUGUCUUUUGUACCAUCAAAAUAAUACUAAUUAAGGCAUUUAAUGCAGGAAACAUACUAACUGAUUUAAAAGUCUAAAAAUUGAAGUGAACUGGCACGGAGAAUUACUUUAGUGUAAUGUUGGGUAUGAUACAUUAUUUUCAGUUAAUUUCAUCCUUGGUUGAAGAAUAUAAGACUACUUAUAAAAGCAUAUUUUACUAAA